CCCCCCGGUUAGCAUUAGCCUGCCGGUCGUUCGGUCGGCUUUUCGUGUAUUUAUACGUAUUCUGUUAUUAAUAUUAUAUUAAUUAGAUGUAUGUAUAGAUAUUAUUGUUUCGUUAUAGUGUAAUCAGCUUUUUUUCUGUAAAACCCUGGAUUAUUUAUUUAUUCUGAACGCCGUCGAGAGUCAUGGCCGACCCAGCACGUGUAAAAAACGAACAAGGAAAUGACGCCACGGCUUCGAAGAGCUCUCACCAGGAUAAAAAUGCAGGUGAGGGUUCGAGCGGAGGAAACGCAGCUUCGGAGACGGCGAUGAAUCAGACCACUAUGAAACAGGAGGAAAAAGUGGGCGUCACGAAGGAAGGGACUGGGGCAGACGAGGAUGACGAAGCACACUCGAGCGCUCAUCCUUCGUCUGCUAAAAAACUGAAAGUGGAGCCGGAGAAGAAGAAGGAGAAGAAGCAGAAAGUGGACGAAGACGAGAUCCAGAAGAUGCAAGUGUUGGUGUCUUCGUUCUCUGAGGAGCAGCUGAACCGCUAUGAAAUGUACAGACGCUCAGCUUUCCCUAAAGCAGCCAUUAAAAGGCUUAUUCAGUCCAUCACGGGAUCAUCGGUGUCUCAGAACGUCGUUAUCGCCAUGUCCGGUAUCUCCAAAGUGUUCGCCGGAGAGAUUGUUGAAGAAGCUCUGGAUGUGUGUGAGAAGUGGGGAGACACUCCUCCUCUGCAGCCCAAACACAUGAGGGAGGCGGUGAGGAGACUGAAGAGCCGGGACCAGAUCCCCAACACCAAAUACAAGCGCAUCCUCUUCCACUAAACACACACAGCUACAGCGAUUCUCUUGUUUAAAAUUUAAAGGAGCCAUCUGUACUGUUUGGACAUCACAGGUCAAUGAGUCCAUGAGGUGAACAGCCAUGAUAACACACACAGGCUUCCUGACAGGCUCUGGUGAAUCUGUGUAUAGUUUGAGAGUCGUCUCUUUUUUUUUUUUUUAAAGCUUUUAGAACUGAAGCCUUUUUUUCAGGGCCAGAAAAAGGAAGAAAGUAGCUCAAUGUGCUCCAAGGAAAUAUCGCGACUCACUGCUUUUCUAUGACAUCUGUAAAAGUUAGACGAUUAUCACAGUUCUCGAAACACUUUGAAACGUUACAGACUGCACCUUUAAUAUUUUGGGUAACAACAAACUCAAACAGAUGCCGUCUAAUUAUCAGUAAACAGGGAGCGAGUCGGAGGGCAUUGGGAACGGUUUAUUUGCCCCAAAGUGAGACCACACCGUCUCAUUCCUGUUUGUGCUGUAGAUAGUAACAGUUGAAGAGAAUAGAAUAUUGUUUCCUGUCACUAUGACACCGAGGUACUGUGUCACAGCCCUGUGAACAGCCCUGAUGAUAAUUAAACGAAUUAAAUGAAAGGAAUUGUGACCUACAGCAUUUGAGCGUUUUAUACACCCGAAGGACUGAAAACCUCAGCGUUCUUGUGUUUUAUGUGGUGUUAAGUGUGGUGUAUAGUGUUUGCUCUUCAUUGUAAAUACCGCUUAUGCUUCAAUUCUUUUGUUCAUGCAGACGAUUUUAGUUUAAAUAAACAGCUUGUGCGUUUGUAAA